UGCGUCAGUCAGCUCCUGAAAGAAAGCUCCUACAACUCACGACCACAGCAGCUAACGCUCUUCAAACCUAAUCAUUUCUACACAGACCGCUCUCCGAGGCUCACUGCACGAAAUCUUAGCAAUCAGCUUUUAUUAAAACGGCGCUUUGGUUUAUUUCAUUCGCCUGAGGACGCUGGAUAUGGAGCUGGUCGGGUCUGUAUAGCAGACGCGGACAAAGCGGAUCAGCUCGAGCUGAGAUGAGCGCGAAUAUGAGCGGCUCUGGGUCAGCGCCCUGCCGCUUCGCACAUUACUUCGUUAUAUGCGGAAUAGACAACGAAACGGGUCUAGAGCCCGAUGCUUUGGCAGCUUUGUACCUAUGGCUAGAGGCCGAUCGUCAGGGCAGGGACCCAGAAGCCGUGGCAGCAGGAGAAAACUUUGAUCAGAGCCCUCUCAAAAGGACCUUCAAAUCCAAAGUGCUUGCCCACUACCCAAAGAACAUCGAGUGCAGCCCGUUUGACCAGGAUGCUGUUAACAUGCUCUGCAUGCCCAAAGGUCUGUCAUUCCGAACACAGCGUGACAGUCGCACCCCACAGUUCCACUCUUUCCUCAUCACAAGAGAAGAUGGAUCUCGCACUUAUGGUUUCGUUCACACCUACUACGAGGAGGUGACCAGCCCACAGAUCUGCUCCGCCAUGCAGACGCUACACCAGAUGUACCAAGCGGAGCAUAAUGCAUCUGCCCACAACUGCCCUUCAUCGUCAUCAUCAUCCUCAUCAUCCUCCUCUAGUAUGGACUCUUUAGCCAGCAGCCUGGAUGAAGUGGAGUCUCCUUCCUCAACUUCCUCCUCACAAGGGGGCCGCAGGAGCAGUGGCUGCUCUGGCGAAGGCUACGACUCUGUUCGCGACACUCUGUAUGUGUCCAAAGCUAUGUGUCUAAUCACGCCCAUGCCCUUCAUGCACGCCUGUAAAAGAUUCCUGUCCCAAGUACACCGUGCUGUCAUCUCCCAUCCGCCGCCCCCACUUCCUUUGGAAAGCUACAUCUACAACAUCCUCUAUGAAGUACCUUUGCCCCCGCCCGGACGCUCUUUAAAGUUCCAUGGAGUGUAUGAACCUGUCCUGUGCCAGAGGCCCGGUGUCGGGGAGCUGCCGUUGGCUGAUUUCCCUCUGAGUGAAGCCUUCCAGUUGUUGGGAGUGGAGAAUCUGGUGCAGAUUUUUACUUGUGUCCUACUAGAGAUGCAGAUCCUCCUCUACUCACAGGAUUACCAGAGGCUCAUGGUGGUUGCGGAGGGAAUCACAACAUUGCUGUUCCCAUUCCAGUGGCAGCAUGUGUAUGUGCCCAUCCUUCCCGCUUCUCUUCUGCACUUCCUGGACGCCCCUGUGCCGUAUCUCAUGGGCCUGCAGUCCAAAGAGGGCACGGACCGCUCCAAGCUAGAGCUGCCUCAAGAGGCGAACCUGUGUUUUGUUGACAUCGACAACCACUGCAUCGAGCUGCCUGAAGAAUUCCCUCAGUUCCCCAACAAGACCGAAUUCAUCCAGGAACUCAGUGAGGUAUUGCUAAGUUUUGGUCUGUCUCCUGAGGGGGGCAACACCUCCUCUGAACCAGCUGUGAGCUUGCAGACCUCCACGCUGGAGAAGGAGCUGAAGAGCACGUCACUGAGUGAGUUAGUGGACGACAGGAGGAACGGCAACCUCGGGGGAGAGGCGCUGGACGUGCUGGAGCUUCUUCAGGGCAACCCCACUCUGGAGCGUCUGCAGGCUCUGGCCAAAAGGACUGGGGUGAAAGUGGCCCGUUUGGAGGCAUUGGCAGCAGGACGGAAGGCUUUAGGGGAGGAGGGUGUGGGAGGAAGGUCUCCAGCUGAGGAAGAGGAGCUGAGGAACGCUAAACUGAACGUGCAGCUGAGGGAGGUGUUUGCUGCGCGUUUCGCAACAAUGUUUGCAGACUACGAGUCGUUUGUGAUUCAGAACUCUCCAGAUUUGGAGUCCUGGCUGACCAAUAGAGAGCAAAUGCACAACUUUGACAAGGCCUCAUUCCUUUCUGAUCAGCCGGAACCGUACUUGCCCUUCUUGUCGCAUUUCAUCGAAACGCAAAUGUUUGCCACCUUCAUCGACAACAAGAUCAUGUCUCAGUGGGAGGAGAAAGAACCCCUCCUACGAGUGUUUGACGGACGCAUUGAGAAGGCCCGACUCUACAAUGUUCGCGCACCCAGCUUGCGCUCAUCAGUUUACCAGAAAUGCACUUUUCUCAAAGAAUCGGCACAGGCCAUAGAGCAGCGGCUGAGAAAGAUCGACCACACAGCCAUCCAUCCUCACCUGCUGGAUAUGAAGAUUGGCCAAGGAAAAUACCAGCAGGGAUUCUUCCCCAAACUGCAGGCUGAUGUGCUCGCCUCAGGGCCCACCAACAACAAGUGGUCCAAUCGCACAUGCUCGACUCAGCGCAGAGUGGACCGUCACAGACCGCAGAAUGACCAUCUUGUGCUGGACAAUGAGCUCAAAGAGAAGUACAUGCAGGAGGCCCGCAACCUGAGACAACCCAAACUAUCAGACCUGUCCCCUGCGGUCAUCGCUCAGACCAACUGGAAGUUUGUGGAGGGUUUACUGAAAGAAUGCAAGAUGAAGACCAAGCGUAUGCUGGUGGAGAAAAUGGGCAGAGAGGCUGUUGAGCUGGGCCAUGGAGAGGCAAACAUCACUGGCCUGGAGGAGAACACACUCAUAGCCAGUCUGUGUGACCUGCUGGAGAGAAUAUGGAGCCACGGUCUACAGGUCAAACAGGGAAAGUCUGCUCUGUGGUCUCAUUUAUUGCACUACCAGGCGAGAGAAGAGAAAAACGAACAGCUGUCAGAGUCUCCAGUGUCUAAUGGCCAGGAAAAACGCAAGAUCGAAUCAAGUGUUGGUCUUUCUGCAUUACCUGUAUCACUCAUACAGGAUAUGAGACACAUCCAGAACAUGGGAGAGAUUAAAACAGAUGUAGGUCGAGCACGUGCCUGGAUCCGUCUGUCCCUAGAGAAAAAACUACUUUCCCAGCAUCUCAAACAGCUGCUGUCUAACCAGGCUUUAACCAAGAAGCUGUACAAGCGUUAUGCUUUCUUGCGCUGCGAAGAGGAAAAAGAGCAGUUCCUCUUUCAUCUCCUGAGCCUGAAUGCCGUGGACUACUUCUGCUUUACCAGCGUCUUCACCACCAUAAUGAUUCCAUACAGGGCCGUUAUCAUUCCCAUCAAGAAGCUUAGUAACGCAAUGACGACGUCCAACCCUUGGCUGUGUGUGUCGGGUGAGCUGGGCGACUCUGGCAUCCUGCAGAUCACGAAGAACGUUCUGGAAAUGACGUUUGACGUGAGUGCCAUGACAUCACGCUCUGAUACAGCAGUUUAUUUUGAGUUAGUUUUCCCUGUGGGACUGAAAAAUCAUCCGUCCUGCCACUUGCAGAAUUGAGUGUGCUUGCAGGUC